UCCGGAAAUAGAACAAGUUGACGUCAUUUGCAGCCAGUAUAUAUCAUGACACUUUCUUUGCCAUAUCUAUAUUUAGAAACGCCUAUUUAAGUUUGGACUCUUUAGAAAACAUUCAGAAUUUGUUCAUUGCCCGGCGGAACAUACGUUUUAUGUCAUCGUAGACACCGAACAGAACAAUUUUCUCCCCAAACAUUCGCCCAGUGGACUGGGCUGUUCCUUCUACUAUGUCGGGCGACUCCCACAAAACGGUCAUCAAAGGGAACACUUCAAAAUAUGUGAAGUUAAAUGUCGGCGGCUCGCUGCACUACACGACGAUUGGGACACUAACAAAGCAUGACACAAUGCUCAGAGCAAUGUUUAGUGGACGAAUGGAAGUGCUGACGGACUCUGAGGGCUGGAUCCUUAUUGACAGAUGUGGGAAGCACUUCGGUACAAUCCUUAACUUCCUGCGCGAUGGAACCCUUCCACUUCCAGAGAACCGCAGGGAAUUGUAUGAACUGCUUCAAGAAGCAAAGUAUUACCUUGUACAGGAUCUCGUUAAGUUAAUUGAAGCUGCCCUCAAGAAAAAAGAAGAACUGGAACCGAUUUGCAAGGUGCCCCUGAUAACAUCGACACGAGAAGAACAACAACUGGUGUCAUCAACUAUGAAGCCAGUUGUGAAACUGAUCUGCAACAGACAUAACAACAAGUAUUCGUACACUAGCAAUUCUGAUGACAAUUUACUCAAGAACCUAGAGCUGUUUGACAAGUUGUCGCUCCGCUUUAAUGGAAGGAUCUUCUUCAUCAAAGACGUCAUCGGCAGCAGCGAGAUCUGCUGCUGGUCCUACUAUGGACAUGGACAGAAGAUUGCCGAGGUUUGCUGCACGUCCAUCGUGUAUGGUACAGACAAGAAACACACAAAGGUUGAGUUCCCAGAGGCCAGGAUAUACGAGGACACGUUGAAUGUAUUAUUGUACGAACACAGAGACAAAGGACCGGAUGCUGAACUUCUGCAAGCUACAAGGGGAUACACUGUCGGGGGUAACGGUUACCAUAGCGACGAGGAUAUGGAUGAAAAGCUGGAUUUGGUUGAUAAGCUCCGUAGAAAAUGAAGUGCCAAGUAUUAUGACAUGUGCUCAAAUCACAGGUCAGGAAUGUCAAUUCCAUGGACAGCGAGGGGAGAUAACUCAGCACUACAUGCAUGAUAUAGUCUAGUGCUGAUGUGAUAUGCAGACAGGUCCACCAUGCUUGUCAGAUAAACAGCAUUCAUAUUUAUACAAGCUGGUAUUAACUGCAGGCCUAAGAAAGCACACCAGUGUUAUCAUAUUGAUAAUGCUGCACUGCUAUGCAUGUGACCGUACGCUUAAUGCCAAUAUUGUAACUAAUUUCAGUAUGCUAAAUGGGGAUAAGAAUUUUUUAAUAUUGGCAUUAAGUACUUGUGAUAAAUUCAGCUGUUUUGAAUUAUUUAUUUGCGGUUUUGUGGUGUCAGGUUGGAAGUUGAUCAUAAUGCUUCAGUACUUGGACAAACUUACUCCGCUUAAGAAACCCAUCACUCAUCACACAUGCUAGGACAUUGUGACGUAUUGUGAUAGCUGUUGAGAAAAUAGAUACAUUUUCGCCAUGUCUUACAAUAUUUGAAACCUUACAAACAGCUGAUACCAUCUCCAUGUGAAAUGGAAGCACUAUAGCUUUACAUAGACACGUGUUACCUGACUGAUAAGUUUGACUAUGGACAUGAUGAACUUGAUGAACACGGUACUAGUGUUAGGAUUUACUGUUAAUGGGGUUUAUAGUUUUUGCAGAGAAUAUGAUAUGUUCAGUGGGAGCUCUUAGGUAAUGAUAAGUGGUUAUUUGUCACGGAAGAAUGAGGAUUUGCACUCUGCAAUCUCUGUACAGAAUCAUGUGUGCCAGGAUGUGCUGGGCAUCAUAGUUGGAAUGCCAGAUCCACCCGGACAAUAAUCCUCCUUGAUAAUGGUCCUCCCUGAUAAUUGUCCACCCUGAUAAUGAUCCAGCCUGAUAUUGAUCCUCCUGACAGUGGUCCACCCUGACAAUGGUUUGCUAAUGAUCCACCCUGAUAAUGAUUCUUUUGAUAAUAGUCCAUCCCCAUAAUGGUCUCCCCUGUCAAUGAUCAUUCUGAUAUGGUCCACCCUGAUAAUGGUCCACCCUGAUAAUGGUCCACCCUUAUAAUGAUCCAUGUCUAUCCACACCACACUGCAGUUGUAGGUCUCAUGACAAUAGGAACUGCGUAACUCCUCCCAAAUGAAACUGACAGUAGACUAAAGGGGUGUCACGAGACUUUGUGUAUUAAGACACUGUGAAUGUACACCGGACACUGUGAUACCCAUUACACCUACCUCUACACUGAUUAAUGAUUGUAUUCUCAAGUGAUUUUCAAAAGUGAUACUUACUAAGUUUUGCAAUAUUCAUGAUAACUACACAAGUUAAUUAAUUUACCAUUUUUCACAAAAGAAAAUGAUAAUUGAAGAAUAUAACAUAUGUGAUACAUCGCGUAUCAUGACUCAAGCAUCGCGGUAUGUAUCGGUACAUAAGAAAUUGAAACUAGUUAUUGACCAGGCUGCAGGCAUUAUCCACUGGCAGGUUCAGAGGAAGGGGUGCAGUCAUUCUCUCUUUAAAAACCCCCUACCCCCAAGUUAUUCUUCCACAGAUUCCUAAUUGCCUAAUAUGGGGUUGGCAUUUGGAUAUUGCUUUGGCUUUAGAUGCAGGAUAUUUUAGACAUCUGAAAAUCAUUAUGCUCUACUGCCCCGGAUGAGGGAAUGUAAACAGCUAGAUUCACAAGACGCUGUUUUUGAAGGUUUUUCCCUGAAGUUAGUAUCUCCAGAUAGAUGGGAUCAGUGCUUCCACCACCACGUUUCAUCAUUACCUUGGUGAAUCAUUGCAUAGCAACCUUUUGUAUACAAUAUUGAUGAGGAAAACAUGUUCCAGUGAAUGUGUAACUUAACGAGCACCACUGUACACUUCUCAAGUCAUGUCUUCCAAAUUUGUCAAACUCUGUUCAUGGAAGUUAUUAAUGCUUUAUCCUGGUGAAAUGUCAGUUGUGUCCUCUCAAGAAGAUCUCUCCACUGACAAUGAUGACGUUCUGAAUCUGUUGUAAACUUCUGAGAGUUGGCCAAGGGUGAACAUGAGAAAGCGUUUGACUGAUCACAUUGAGGAAGACGCAGUAACUAGCAGCCAAGGCUUGAUUUCCUUUUUUUGAGUCAAAUAAUUGCCAAAGGAAAUUGUUCUGUCAUAAGAAAUAAUUUAUAUUUGUUUGCCAUUAUGAAUAAAUUUCUUAUGUAAAA